ACACAACUCUGCAACUCAUCACCUUUUCGCGCUCUCUCUCUUUUUCUCUCUCUCAUUUACUUCCUCUUGGGACUUGUGUUCUUGUGGGUCUUACUAACACGGUAAACAACCUUGUCUCUCUUCUGGGUCAACCUCAAACCUCGCUUCUUUGUUUUUAUGCCUUUUCUUUUGCUGCUCUUCGUUUUCAUUAUGAGCUUCACUCUGUGUGUCGUUUUUUUUUUUCCUUUCACUGAGCUUGAUGUUUGACACUCACCCUCUUGGUGUCGUUUAAUUCAUAUCAUUACCUUAUUAUUAUAUACGUGUGUUUCUCUUUCUUCUCUCUUGUACCGAUGGUUUUGGUGAAGUUUUGCUCUUUCUCUCUUCUGUACUUUACUUUUCAGUGUAGAUUGUAGAGUCAUUACAACACGUGUUCGGUGGGUUUGGUUUGUGUUUUGAUGGUUCUCUUUUGGUUUUGAAGGAUUUUCUAUUGUUGAAAAAGGAGAGAGACUUGGUGAAAAGAAGGGGUGUUUGUUGAAGUUUUAGGACUAAAAAGUCUGGACUUUUAUGUAAAAUUUUGAUGAGAAUGGAUCCACGUGUUUUUGGGUUUAGUGGGUCUUCUAGUGAAAUCCGAUUGAGGAAUCAGUCUUUGCCAAUUUUGCAGAAUCAGAGAUUUGAAAAUGGUUUCUUUGAUCAAAGUAGGGAAUUUGGUUACCUUCAGUCCAAUCUAAUGAUACCAGCUAAUACACCUUCGUCCUCGGUUUUGACUCAUGAGGAACCUUCUCCGGAGGAUUGUGAAUUUUCUGAUUCGGUUUUAAGUUACAUCAGUCAGAUCCUUAUGGAAGAAGACAUGGAAGAUAAGACUUGUAUGCUUCAAGAUUCUUUGGAUCUUCAAAUUGCUGAGAAAUCAUUCUAUGAGGUUAUAGGUGAAAAGUACCCAUUUUCGGCUAUAGGGGAUCAAAGUUCUGUUGAUCCAAAUAAUGGGGGUGGGUAUGACAGCUUACCUGAAAAUUGUGGUGCCUGUCCUUGUAAUGAUGGUGAUCUCAGUAGCAUUUUUACUAACAAUUCUUUGCGGCGAAAUUUGGGGGAAGUUCCUAACCAAAAUUUGCAAGGCAAUAGCAUUUCACAGUCAUCUUAUAGCUCUUCAAACAGUGUAAUAAGUAGUGUGGAAGGGCCUGUGGAAUCUCCACACAGUAUUCUCCAGGUCCCUGAUGUGAACAGUGAGAGUCAAUCCAUUUUGCAAUUUCAGAAGGGUGUUGAGGAGGCUAGUAAGUUUCUUCCGAGUGGAAAUGGGCUCUUUGCUAAUUUGGAUACGGCUAAUUUUUCAACUCUAGAGCCUGAAAUGAGGACUGAUGAAUUGUCAAUUAAGGUGGAGAAGGAUGAGGGGGAGUCUUUGCUUGUUGGAUCCAAAGGAAGGAAGCAUCAUCACAGAGAAGAGGGAGAUGUUGAAGAAAAUAGAAGCAGUAAGCAAGCUGCGAUUUACUCUGAACCUACAUUGAGAUCGAAUAUGAUUGAUAUAAUCCUGCUUCAUAGUGUAGGGGAUGGCAAGAGGCAUUUUAUGGCUCGUCGCGAGGCUUUGCAAAAUAAGAAUGACAAGAUAGUAGUGUCAAAUGGCAAAUCAAAAGCUUCCGGUGGUGGAAAGGGACGUGGUAAGAAACAAAAUGGGAAAAGGGAAGUGGUUGAUUUGAGAACACUUUUGGUUCUUUGUGCACAAGCUGUUGCAGCAGAUGACUAUAAAAGUGCACAUGAGUUGUUAAAGCAGAUCAGGCACCACUCGGAUACGUAUGGAGAUGGAAAUCAGAGGCUGGCUAGUAUCUUUGCUGAUGGCCUUGAAGCACGCUUGGCUGGCACUGGAAGCCAAAUUUAUAAAGGACUUGUUAGCAAAAGAACAUCAGCUGCUGAUUUUCUAAAGGCUUAUUAUCUAUAUCUUGCUGCUUGCCCUUUUAGGAAGAUGACUAGUUUUAUCUCAAAUGUCACAAUAAAGAGCUGUGCAGAAAAUUCAAUGAGGAUCCAUGUUAUAGAUUUUGGUAUCCUUUAUGGUUUCCAGUGGCCCACUUUUAUUCAAAGACUUUCGUUAAGAUCUGAAGGACCCCCUAAACUUCGAAUUACAGGAAUAGACUUCCCACAACCUGGUUUCAGGCCUGCUGAGAGAAUUAUAGAAACUGGACGCCGCUUGGCAGCCUAUGCUGAAUCUUUCAAGGUGCCAUUUGAGUACAAUGGCAUAGCCAAAAAAUGGGAAACAAUUCAACUUGAGGAACUCAAGAUUGAUAGGGAUGAGUACCUUGUUGUUACCUGUUUUCAUCGUGGUAAAAACGUGCUGGAUGAAUCUGUGGUUGUGGAUAGUCCAAGGAAUAAAUUCCUCAGUUUGAUAAGGAAGAUCAAUCCGGAUAUAUUCAUUCAUGGCAUUACUAACGGCGGCUUUAACGCCCCUUUCUUUGUUACUCGAUUCAGGGAAGCACUGUUUCACUACUCUUCACUUUUUGACAUGCUUGAAACUAUUGUGCCUCGUGAGGACUGGGAAAGGAGGCUAAUUGAGAAAGAGAUAUUUGGAAGGGAAGCAUUGAAUGUUAUAGCUUGUGAAGGCUGCGAGAGAGUAGAGAGGCCAGAGACAUAUAGACAAUGGCAAGUUCGAAUUCUGCGGGCAGGAUUUUUGCAACAACCUUUUGAUCAUGAGAUAGUAAAGAGGGCAAUAGAGAAAGUAAGGUCUAGCUACCACAAAGAUUUUGUAAUUGAUGAAGAUAGCCAGUGGUUGUUGCAAGGUUGGAAAGGGCGAAUCGUCUAUGCCAUUUCUUGUUGGAAACCUGCAUGACUAACCAAGAUGGUACACGUGCAUCUCACUAGAGCUUUGUGAAUUAGCCUGACUUUUGAGUAGCUCAGGGUGUGCCCAAUAGGCAGGGUUCAAGAUCUAAAGUAAAUGUUCAAGCUGUGAGUUAAGUUGGGGAAAACAUGGUUGCUGAAUAUCCUGAACCUAAUGAACCUUGCCUUCUUUGGUCCUCCUAAGAAUUAUGGAUUAUUUACUUUUGAGGAAUACUCGUUGCACACCAGAUGGCGUGUUGUGAUUUGAGCUGUUCCAAAAGCAAAAGUUUGAGAAGGUUCAUGUGGCUAAUAUGCUGCAAAGGUCUCCUUACAUUUGCUUUUGAAGACUUGUUUCAACAUUUGACCUGUAAUGGAUGGUGGGACUGGGAGCCUCAUUAUUUAGAAUUUUGAACCUGGUUGUUGUUAUUUCAUUGUUGAAUUAAUAAUAAAUGAUCUAAUUUGAUGUGCCAAAUAUGACAAUGAUAUGCAUUUAUUACCUUCUAUUUGGACUUGCAGCCAAAUCUAUAGUUGGUCACCGUUCCUGUUACUUUACCUUUGAUUGGAUAGCUGAUGAAAGUUGUUCUUUGUUACAGUGGUAGCACUAUGAUUUGAACAUGUCCCUCGCAAAUCAUUGAAACCCUUUACCACUACCUCAUUGCUUGUACUAUUCAAAGUGGGGGAAAAGUAAUUCUAUUUAUACAUCCUAUUUU